AUCGUCGGGAAAAGCUGUCGAAUUCCCGAGGCACACACGAGUUUAUAUUAAAUAUAUUUUUUGAGUUUUAAAUUUAAACAAAUACCGUCGAAAUGGAGGACCUAGAUAUAACCAGCGUGGGUCAGUUCCAGACCCUGGUGCGCUACAACAAUCCGGUGCUGGUGGUGAAGCACCCGGACAAAAAGGGGGGCGCUCCGCUGACGGAGAUUGAGAUGAAGAGGCCCCAAACGGCGGGCGCUUUGCUAGAUUCCAAAAGAGAAACCGAGGAGAUACUCAACUCCAUUCUACCACCGCGCUGCUGGGAAGAGGAUGGUCAGCUGUGGCAGCAGUCCGUGUCCAGUACUCCAGCGACACGCCAGGAUGUGAUCAAUUUGCAGGAGAUGCUGGACACUAGGCUGCAGCAGACCCAGGCCCGCGAAACCGGCAUCUGUCCCGUGCGCCGCGAGCUGUACUCCCAGUGUUUUGACGAGAUCAUUCGCCAGGUGACCAUAAACUGCUCGGAGCGCGGCCUAUUGCUCCUGCGAAUCCGGGAUGAAAUCGCCAUGUCUAUGGAGGCCUAUGAGACACUAUACUGCAGCUCCGUGGCCUUCGGCAUGCGCAAAGCUUUACAGGCACACGAGGAAAAGGAAAUGCUCCGCGAUCGCGUCAAGACUCUUGAACUGGACAAAGAGGCACUCGAGGAGAUCAUCGCAGACAUGAAGCUCAAGCAGGAGCAGGCCGAACGGCGCAAUGCCGAGCUGAGGGCCUCCGAGGAGAAGAAAUUCACCGAGGAGAUUACGUUCUUGAAGAAGACCAACGCCCAGUUGAAGGCUCAGCUGGAGGGCAUAACCGCACCCAAGAAGUAAACUGGUAUUAUGGGGUGUGUGUCCAUGCGUUUUGCAUUUGUCACUUUAAAACUUUGUUGGACUUAUUGAAAUUAAAUUAUUUGAGCAACUUAA